UUUGUGAUGUUUUUCACUACCAGAAUGAGAACGUGUCCUGCUCGACCAUGACUGGCUGUCUACACCUUAAUCUACUCCAUGGGCAGCAGCAGCAGCAGCAGCAGCGGUGACAGCAGUGUGACCUACCUUUAGAGAUCGGCUGCCUCAAGGGUCGAUGGCUGGCAUGUCGCAGAGACCACCCAGCAUGUACUGGUGUGUGGGGCCGGAGGGGUCAGCCGUGUGUCCAGAACGCGCCAUGGAGACCCGUAACGGGACCCUGACUUCAGCCGUGACACCCUGGCACUGCUGCUGGCUUCUCAGAACACUGUCCACUGCCGGACCCAGCAUGGACCAGAAGAGGAAAAAGAACAUUCCAGAAGGGCGUCCCAUCCCAGGUGCAGGGGACAUGGGCGGCAAGCUGUCCGCGUCCGGCGGCGACUCCACGGCGCGGUCCGCGAGGACGGGGGACAUUCACGCCGCCUACAAGCAGGGCCACCUGGCCAGGGCGCGCGACCUGCUAGGAGAGGCUUGCGUGGAGAGCGCCACCCAGGCGGAAAAGCUCCAGCUUCUAAGCAUCUCGGCGGCCUACGGCGACCUGGAGAUGGUGCGUUGUCUGCUCACCGACAGAUGCGUCGAGCUGCCCACGGAGCCCACCGAUGACAACCCGGCCGUGGUGGCUGCCCACUUUGGGCACACCGAGGUCGUGCAGGAGCUGCUGGAGUCCUUACCAGGUCCCAGCCCCCAGCGGCUUCUGAACUGGAUGCUGGCCUUGGCGUGCCAGAGGGGCCACCUGGGAGUCGUGAAGCUCCUGGUCCUGACACACGGGGCAGACCCGGAGAGCUACGCGGUCAGGAACAAUGAGUUUCCGGUCAUCGAGCGUUUGCCACUCUACACGGCCAUGAAGUCAGAGAAUGAAGACAUUGCCAUAUUCCUGCUCCGUCAUGGCGCCUUUUUCUGCUCCUAUAUCUUGCUGGACAGCCCUGACCCCAGCAAGCAUCUCCUCCGGAAAUACUUCAUCGAAGCCAGUACCUUGCCCGGCAGCUAUCUGGGGAAAACGGCGCUCCGUGUGAAGUGGUCGCAUCUCAGGCUGCCCUGGGUGGACCUGGACUGGCUCCUCGACAUCUCCUGCCAGAUCACCGAGCUCGACCUCUCCGCCAACUGCCUGGCUUCGCUGCCCUCCGUCAUCCCCUGGGGACUCAUUAACCUGCGGAAGCUCAACCUCUCGGACAACCAGCUGGGGGAGCUGCCCGGCGUGCAGUCCUCGGACGAGAUCAUCUGCUCCAGGCUCCUUGAAAUCGACAUUUCCUGCAACAGAUUGAUCCAUCUCCCACCUGGGUUCUUACACCUCUCAAAGCUUCAGAAACUGACAGCUUCCAAGAAUUGCUUAGAGAAAUUGUUCGAAGAAGACAACGCCACCAACUGGAUCGGAUUGCGGAAGCUCCAGGAACUGGAUCUCGGUGACAAUAAGUUGACCGAACUACCUGCCACGUUCCUCCACUCCUUCAAGUCACUCAGUGGUCUGAACGUCUCCAAAAACCACUUGAAGGCGUUUCCAGAGCCCUGGGCGUGCCCUUUGAAAUAUUGCAAAGCAUCGAAAAAUGCCCUGGAAUCUCUGCCAGACAAGAUGGCUGUCUUUUGGAAAAAUCACCUUAAAGAGGUGGAUUUUUCAGAAAAUGCACUAAAAGAAGUUCCUGUGGGACUUUUUCAGCUCGAUGACCUCAUGUUCUUGAAGUUACAGGGAAACCAGCUGGUGGCCCUUCCCCCCCAAGAGAAGUGGACCUGCAAGCAACUGAAGACCCUGGAUCUCUCUAGAAAUCAACUUGGCAAAAACGAAGACGGACUUAAAACAAAGCGUAUUUCCUUUUUCACCACCAGAGGCCGCCAGCGUUCAGGGACUGAGUCAGCAUCCGUGCUGGAAUUCCCAGCCUUCCUCAGUGAGUCCCUGGAAGUCCUUUGUCUGAACGACAACCACCUCGAUGCCGUGCCCCCUUCGGUCUGCCUGCUGAAAAGCUUAUCGGAGCUCUACCUGGGGAAUAACCCUGGCCUCCGAGAGCUCCCUCCCGAGCUGGGGCAGCUGAGCAACCUCUGGCAGCUGGACACGGAAGACUUGAACAUCAGCAACAUGCCUGCAGAGAUCAAGAAGGAAGGUCCCAAAGCCAUGCUGUCCUACCUGCGCGCUCACCUCCGGAAGGCCGAGCGCUGCAAGCUGAUGAAGAUGAUCAUCGUGGGGCCGCCGCGCCAGGGCAAGUCCGCCCUCCUGGAGAUCCUACAGACAGGGAGGGCCCCCCAGGGCAUGCACGGCGAAGCCACCAUCAGGACCACCAAGUGGGAGCUCCAGAGGCCAGCUGGCUCCAAAGCGAAGGUUGAGUCUGUGGAGUUCAACGUCUGGGACAUCGGGGGCCCGGCCAGCAUGGCCACCGUCAACCAGUGCUUCUUCACGGACAAGGCCCUGUAUGUGGUGGUCUGGAACCUGGCACUGGGCGAGGAGGCCGUGGCCAGCCUCCAGUUCUGGCUACUCAACAUCGAGGCCAAGGCCCCCAAUGCCGUCGUACUGGUGGUGGGGACGCACCUGGACUUAAUCGAAGCCAAGUUCCGCGGGGAGAGGAUCGCCACCCUGCGGGCCUACGUGCUGGCCCUCUGCCGCUCGCCCUCGGGGUCCAGAGCCACGGGCUUCCCGGACAUCACUGUCAAGCACUUACGCGAGGUUUCAUGCAAGAGCUUGGAAGGCCUGGAAGGGCUGCGGCAGCUGAUUUUCGACGUCACGUGUAACAUGAAGGACGUGGGCAGCACCAUCGGCUGCCAGAGGCUCGCUGGGAGGCUGAUCCCGCGGAGCUACCUGAGCCUGCAGGAGGCCGUGCUGGCCGAGCAGCAGCGCCGCAGCCUGGCGGACGAGGUGCAGUACCUGACCGACAGGCAGCUGGAGCAGCUGGUGGCGCAGACCCCCGGCAACGACAUCAACGACUAUGAGGACCUGCAGUCUGCCAUCAGCUUCCUCAUACAGACCGGCACCCUCCUGCACUUCCCGGACACCAGCCAUGGCCUGAGGAACCUCUACUUCCUCGACCCCAUCUGGCUCUCCGAGUGCCUACAGAGGAUCAUUAACAUCAAGAGCUCGCGCUCCGUGGCGAAGAACGGGGUGAUCCGUGCAGAAGACCUCAGGAUGUUGUUGGUUGGGACGGGCUUCACGCGCCAGACAGAAGAGCAGUACUUCCAGUUCCUGGCCAAGUUCGAGAUCGCCCUGCCCGUGGCCAAUGACAGCUACCUCCUGCCACACCUCCUUCCGUCCAAACCUGGCCUGGACACCCACGGCAUGCGGCACCCCAUGGCCAACACCAUCCAGAGGGUGUUCAAGAUGAGCUUCGUCCCCGUGGGCUUCUGGCAGAGGUUUAUCGCACGGAUGCUGAUCAGCCUGGCCGAGAUGGAUCUGCAGCUAUUUGAAAACAAGAAAAAUACUAAAAGCAGGAACAGGAAAGUCACCAUUUACAGUUUCACCGGUAACCAGAGAAACCGGUGCAGCACGUUCCGGGUGAAACGAAAUCAGACCAUCUACUGGCAGGAAGGCCUCCUGGUCACGUUCGACGGCGGCUACCUCAGCGUGGAAUCCUCUGACGUGAACUGGAAGAAGAAAAAAAGCGGAGGAAUCAAAAUCAUUUGCCAGUCAGAAAUGAGGGACUUCUCGGCCAUGGCGUUUAUCACGGAUCACGUCAAUUCAUUGAUUGACCAGUGGUUUCCCGCCCUGACAGCCACGGAAAGUGAUGGGACGCCCCUCAUGGAGCAGUACGUGCCCUGCCCGGUCUGCGAGGCGUCCGGGGCCCAGCUGGGGGACCCCGGUGACAAGGCGGAGGACGUGCAGUACUUCAACAUGGAGGACUGUGUCCUAACGGCCAUCGAGCGGGACUUCAUCUCCUGCCCCAGGCACCCCGACCUGCCCGUGCCCCUCCAGGAGCUGGUGCCCGAGCUGUUCAUGACCGACUUCCCGGCCAGGCUCUUCCUGGGGAACAGCAAGCUGGAACACAGCGAGGACGAGAACAGCAUCUUGGGCCAGGGUGGCAGCGGCACCGUCAUCUACCGGGCCCGGUACCAGGGCCAGCCCGUGGCCGUGAAGCGAUUCCAAAUCAAGAAAUUCAAGAACUUUGCGAAUGCCCCGGCAGACACCAUGCUGAGACACCUGCGGGCCACAGACGCCAUGAAGAACUUCUCGGAGUUCCGGCAGGAGGCCAGCAUGCUGCACGCGCUCCAGCACCCGUGCAUUGUGUCGCUCAUCGGCAUCAGCAUCCACCCGCUCUGCUUCGCCCUGGAGCUUGCCCCGCUGAGCAGCCUCAACACCGUGCUGUCUGAGAACGCCAAAGAUUCUUCCUUUAUGCCCCUGGGACACAUGCUUACCCAAAAAAUAGCCUACCAGAUUGCCUCGGGCCUGGCCUACCUACACAAGAAGAACAUCAUCUUCUGCGACCUGAAGUCCGACAACAUUCUGGUGUGGUCCCUGGAUGUCAAAGAGCCCGUCAACAUCAAGCUGUCCGACUACGGGAUCUCGAGACAGUCAUUCCACGAGGGCGCGCUGGGAGUGGAAGGCACUCCCGGUUACCAGGCCCCUGAGAUCAGGCCCCGCAUCGUGUAUGAUGAGAAGGUAGAUAUGUUCUCCUACGGAAUGGUACUGUACGAGUUGCUGUCGGGACAGCGUCCUGCCCUGGGCCACCACCAGCUCCAGAUUGCCAAGAAGCUGUCCAAGGGCAUCCGCCCCGUGCUGGGCCAGCCGGAGGAAGUGCAGUUCCACCGACUGCAGGCGCUUAUGACAGAGUGCUGGGACACCAAGCCCGAGAAGCGACCGCUGGCCCUGUCGGUGGUCAGCCAGAUGAAGGACCCGACCUUCGCCACCUUCAUGUACCUGCUCCCCUGCGGGAAGCAGACGACCUUCUUCUCGUCCCAGGGCCAGGAGUACACCGUGGUGUUUUGGGAUGGCAAAGAAGAAUCCAGGAACUACACGGUGGUGAACACCGAGAAGGGCCUUCUGGAAGCUCAGAGAAUUAACUGUGCGGGAAUGAAGCUCAGCUGUCAGCUCAAGGUCCAGAGCUCCCUGUGGACGGCCACCGAGGACCAGAAGAUUUAUAUCUACAGCCUGAAGGGCAUGUGUCCUUUAAAUGCCCCUCGGCAGGCGUUGGACACCCCAGCUAUCGUCACCUGCUUCUUGGCCGUGCCUGUUAUUAAAAAGAACUCCUACCUGGUGCUGGCGGGCCUGGCCGACGGGCUGGUGGCCGUGUUUCCCGUGGUGCGAGGUGCCCCGAGCAACAUCUGCUCCUACCUGUGCUCCCACACGGCCAACAGGGCCAAGUUCGGCAUCCCAGAUGAAGACCCGCGGCAGAACCCCUUCCCGGUGAAAGCCAUGGAGGUGGUCAACAGCGGGUCUGAGGUCUGGUACAGCAACGGGCCGGGCCUCCUGGUCAUCGACUGCGUAGCCCUGGACAUCCGCAGGCGCCUGGAGCCCUUCUCGGCCCCGUCGGUGGUCACGUCGAUCGUGUGCAGCUCGGAGUGCAGCGGGGACGAGGUCGUCUGGUGCCUGGACGACAGGGCCAACUCCUUGGUCAUGUACCACUCGGCCACCUACCAGCUGUGCGCCCGGUACUUCUGCGGGGACCCCAGCCCCCUCAGGGACACCUUUCCCGUGCGCCUCCCAGGCCUGGGACCCCCGGACAGCCACGCAGCCAGCCCGAAGGAGCCCGAGGGGGACUCCAUCGCGGACGUCAGCAUUAUGUACAGCAAGGAGCUGGGCACCCAGAUCCUGUCCCACCAGGACUCUCUGACCGACUACUGCUCCAUGUCCUCCUACUCUUCGUCCCCGCCACACCACGUGACCGGGGCCCCCGCGAGCCUGCCCAGCUCCCCGGCCAGCUCGUCCAGCGUGCCUUUCUCCACCGACCGCGAGGACUCAGACAGGCUGCACGAACCCGGGGCCGCCUCCGACAGGUCCGAGCACGACCUGACUCCCCUGGACGGCGAGGCCUUCAGCCGGCACCUGCAGGCGGUGAAGAUCCUCGCCGUCAAAGACCUCAUUUGGGUCCCCCGGCGGGGCGGAGAUCUUAUCGUCAUUGGCCUAGAGAAGGAUUCCGGCGCCCAGCGGGGCCGAGUCAUCGCCGUCCUAAAAGCCCGGGAGCUGACUCCGCAUGGGGUACAGGUGGACGCGACUGUGGUGGCCAAGGACGCGGUGGCGUGCUGCUUUGUGAAUGAAAACGCCCAGUGGUGCCUGGCUGUCUGGAGGGGCUGGGGCUCCAGGGAGUUCGACAUUUUCUACCAGUCCUAUGAGGAGCUGGGUCGACUGGAAGCUUGUCCGAGGAAGAGGAGGUAAUGUCCGUAGUAGGACUGCAGCACCGAGCUGGCCUUCUGGAGCUUCAGCCUACAACCUGCAGCCCUCUGAGGACCCCAAAGAGAUGGAGCUCUAUCCUGAACUCCUCGCUGCUAAGAACUGCUUACGAGUUACCAGGCUGGUGGUGGUUGGGGGUUCUUGGGUUCUGUAGAGCAGAAUUCCUGAGACCCUCACGUCCCUGGUGCUGAUUUUACAACCCUAUGGUAGAUGGAGGAUCAUGCAACCUCUUCCGUCAGCUUCCAGAAGGGAAAGCGACCCAGUUCUGAGAUGGGUCACAUAAAGUGAGACCAGGCCCGUCCUGACAUAAAGGGCCUGCCGUUUUCAUCCUCAGCUCUCGGAUGGAAUUACACUAGCGCCUCUCUCUCGAGGAGCAAUUCAGGGCAGGGCGGGAGGAGGGCCACGACCCCUGCCCUCUUCCCAGGGGACCCCAGGUUCUCAGCACAUUUCAUAAGCCCCUGAGUCCCCCAGGUUUGGGGCCGGCUCAGGGAAGCUGAGAUCAGAUGUCUCCCUGCUUGGGAAAAUCUCUGCAAGAGAAACCCCCAGAAGGACCCUACACACCGAGCAUUGCCCAACCCAGCCAAUGAAUGAGCCCCUGUAAGUGCCCCUGUAGGAAAGCCCAGGGGUACAUAUUUGGAGAGCGUUCUUGGCCUUGACAUUCUUCUCCUGCGGGCAAAAAGGAGAAACUCAAUCAGCCAGACUCGGGAAAGGGCUUUGUGUUUAUAGCUUUGUAAAAUAAACUUGGACACAGCUGAAGCACAAGCCCUGGUUGUUUGCACAUAAUAAUCUUGUUUAUCACUUGAACAAAUUAAGUAAUAUCUCCGCGGUGAGGCCUCUGGUUGUGAAAUCUCAGCCUAUGGGCCUCAUACCAGAUCACGUGUUUGCUAAACAUUCAACGCACCCAUGUACAGUCGUGAGGUGGGCAGCAGCCAGCAUUUUUUUAAUAAGUGGUGCACACGGACAUGUAUGCACAGUACAUGCAUACAUGCAUGCAUGUAUGCAUACACACGUGCCUGACAAACCACGUCUUUGCCCAACAUAACCACUGGAGGCUACCCAAGUAGCCAGAACGGGAGUUUGAAAGGAACCUCAAACUCCACUCAAGUGGUUGAUCCUUUUCUAAAAUGAAAUGAUGAAAAACCAAACCUAAAGUUUAUUCGGGGGUAUACCAGCAGAUGUGAUUCCUUUUAUCUGCAAAUAAACAGACUCUUAGCAAUAGGGCACAUGUGCUUGCCAGAGGGACAGAGAAAAUGAGGGAAAAAAAAAA